GAAACUAUGCUGUCUUUAUUUUUCACUGGAUGACAAAUUCAUAGCUGAAACAAUGUUUGAUGAAUUUGCUGUUUAUUUUCAUUUUUGAUGUGUCUGACCAUUAAUUUCAAUUUAAAUAAGUGAUUAUUCUUUGCAUUAUAAAAAUGUAACAAAAUAGUCAAAAAAGGUCAUCAAAAUUUCAAUUGCAGUGAUAUAAGACAAAAGCUAAUCAUCUCAUGUGAAGUUGUCAUUGGGGAACCUUGGGGAAGAUUGGGGAAGACAAAUAUGGUAGAAAUUUAGAAGAUAAGGGUAGGUAGAUUGUCAUAAAAUCCCACCCAUGACCAUCAAAAUACAUGCGAAUUUAGAGGGGAAAAAAGGUUAAGUCACAUUUUCAUACAGUCUUUCUAAAAAUAGGCCCAUAAGUAUGUUAUCAAAUAGCUACAAUGAAACCUGAGAGGCAAGAAGUCACAGCAUGCCACCUAAUCCUGCCUUGUUAAUUGGUUUACAGCUAACGCCGGUCAGCUCCAUCUGUUUUUGUCUGAAAAGGGCUCUCAAGAGCCACAGCUUACAAGAUGGACGUGGAAAACAAAUCACUUCACAUGCCAAGAGGGUAGAAAAUUAACAUUACAGCCAUGGGGGAGUGGUAAUAAAGAACUCACUGUUGAUUACAAUUCUGAACAAAUUGGCUUGUGUCACAGGUUUGUUUACACACGUUUGGCUACAGAUACCAAUAAUGUAACUGCACAGGAACAUGCAGAAGCCAGCAUGUCCCUGUCAUGUGGCCACACACUAGCUACACCAGCCCUGUUGUCACAUGCAGGAAGCCGACAGAUCUCUUAACACUCACCUUAAGAAGUGCGCAUGUCUGCUCCUGCUGUCUCAAAGACGGAGCUUCUUAGUCCACAGACCACAGAGGACGAGUUUGACCAACAACAACAGACAUGAGCUUUACCACUGAGGAGAGGGGAAGGCCAAACACCCAGGACUACAGGGUGUUUUUCAAAAACUGUGCGGGAGAAUACAUCUCUCCAUUCCACGACAUCCCCAUCUACGCAAAUGAAGCAGAGGUCAGCAUCAUUAGAACUGUAUUUCUGAUUAUCUUGCAGAAUAUUUUUCAUGCAGUUGUGGAGGUUCCAAGAUGGACAAAUGCAAAGAUGGAGAUUGCCACCAAAGAUCCUCUCAAUCCACUAAAACAAGACGUGAAGAAGGGGAAUCUUCGUUAUGUAGCGAAUGUGUUUCCUCACAAAGGCUACAUCUGGAAUUAUGGAGCCAUUCCACAGACAUGGGAAGACCCCAACCACAAGGACAGCGACACAGGAUGCUGCGGAGACAAUGAUCCUAUUGAUAUAUGCGACAUAGGAAAUAAGGUGUGCUCACGAGGGGAAAUAAUCAAAGUGAAGGUGCUGGGAACUCUCGCUUUGAUCGAUGAGGGGGAAACAGACUGGAAGGUCAUUGUGAUCAACAAUGAAGACCCUGAAGCCGCCGACUUUAACAAUAUUGAUGAUGUAAGACGACUUAAACCUGGAUACCUGGAGGCAACUGUUGAUUGGUUCAAAAGAUACAAAGUCCCAGAUGGGAAACCUGAAAACCAGUUUGCAUUCAAUGGAGAGUUCAAGGACAGGGACUUUGCCAUUAAAACAGUCAAGAGCACCCAUGAGUUUUGGAAGGCACUGAUUUCUAAGAAGACAGACGCUGGCGAGUUAAACUGCAUGAACACCAGUGUCACAGAUAGUCCAUUCUGCUGCUCUGCUGGGGAUGCAGAGGCUGUGGUUAAGUCUGCAAGUGCUUUUGGAGCUGAAGAUCCCAUUCCAAGUUCAGUGGACAAAUGGUACCAUUAUGAGAAGUAAGAAAAUCCUGAGCAGAAAACCUGAUUCCUUCCUUCAUGUGAUUUUAACACAUCAUUAAAUUUUAGGUCACAUUUACUUACCUUUUUUUCUUUUUGGAUGUCUGUCGUUGUGAAAACUGCCUGCCUAACCUUUAAGCUUGACAAAACAUCUC